GUUGGCCGCCCUGCCAGAGAAACCCCCGGCGAUCGACUGGGCUCACUACAAGGCUGCUGUUGCUAAACCUGGCAUGGUGGAUGAGUUUCAGCAGAAGUUCAGUGCACUGAAGGUUCCCGAGCCAGUGGAUACACAAACUGCCAAAAUUGAUGCCCAAGAGCGGGAAGCUGCAAAGAGCACUGCUGAAUAUGUGCAGGCUUCCAAAGCUCGUAUUGUCCAGUGUGAGCAACAACUUCAGAAGCUCAGAAGCAUGAUUCCCUUUGAACAGAUGACAUUUGAAGACUUGCAUGAAGCCUUCCCUGAAACCAAACUGGACAAGGAGAAAUAUCCCUACUGGCCCCACAAACCAAUUGCUGAUCUGUAAACUUGUCUAGAAGCAGUUUGUCUAACGACUGUCAGACUCUAUGGUCUUUUAAAUAAAGUGCUUUCCCUCC